AUGGUCGACCAGGGAUGCAACCAGGAGGCGAACAAGUGGACCCAAGGGUGAGCUGCUACACAAACAUGCAUGUUUUUUCAUUUGCUCAAGUACUUACACAUUUUCAAACACACAACUGCUUGUUUGCUCGAGUGCACACACAAACACACGCAUCACUGCUCUGUUUGGUUGCACAUUAGCAUAAUAAUAUGUUCUGGUUGUUCUAACCAGUCUUCUCUUUGAUCUGUUUCCAGAACAUGGAAAGAAUUUAAGUAAAGGAGGAUCCCCUGUAUUGAUUUUUUAUUAGCUAACAUCACUUUUUGUUUUUUAUUUCCAGGGCCAAGAAGCGAACGCAUGAUUUCAUUGACUCAUAUUUUUCUGACCGGUGGGUAGAUUCUGCUAUUCUGACUACUAUUGUUGUUAAUAUGUACAUACACACACACAUCCCAGGCAGGGAUUGCUAGGUAGAGAUUUCCAAUGUAAUGUAUUUAUUGUGGCCUGUUAGUUAGCCUAUGGAUUGACAGAUAUUAUACAGUGCUUUCGGAAAGUAUUCAGACCCCUUGACUUUUUCCACAUUUUGUUACGUUACAGCCUUAUUCUAAAAUUGAUUUUAAAACAUCCUCAUCAAUCUACACACAAUACCCCAUAAUGACAAAGCGAAAAGUUAGCUUCUGCUAAUUUAUAAAAAAUUAAAAACAUAAAUACCUUAUUUACAUAAGUAUCCAGACCCUUUGCUAUGAGACUCGAAAUUGAGCUCAGGUGCAUCCUGUUUUCAUUGAUCAUCCUUGAAAUGUUUCUACAACUUGAUUGGAGUCCACCUGUGGUACAUUCAAUUGAUUGGACAUGAUUUGGAAAGACACACACCUGUCUAAAUAAGGUCCCACAGUUGACAGUGCAUGUCAGAGCAUAAACCAAGCCAUGAGGUCAAAGGAAUUGUCCGUAGAGCUCCGAGACAGGAUUGUGUCGGGGCACAGAUCUGGGGAAGGGUACCAAAAAAACGGAGCAAACGGGGGAGAAGGUCCUUGGUCAAGGAAGUUCAUCUGUGGAGAUGGGAGAACCUUCCAGAAGGACAACCAUCUCUGCAGCACUCCACCAAUCAGGCCUUUAUGGUGGUCAGACGGAAGCCACUCCUCAGUAAAAGGCACAUGACGGCCCGCUUGGAGUCUGCCAAAAGGCACCUAAAGGACUCUCAGGCCAUAAAAAACAAGAUUCUCUGGUCUAAUAAAACCAAGAUUGAACUCUUUGGCCUGAAUGCCAAGCGUCACGUCUGGAGGAAAACUGGCACCAUCCCUACGGUGAAGCAUGGUGGUGGCAGCAUCAUGCUGUGGGGAUGUUUUUCAGGGGACUUGUCAGGAUUGACGGAAAGAUGAACGGAGCAAAGUACAAAGAUACUUGAUGAAAACCUGCUCCAGAGCACUCAGGACCUCAGACUGGGGCGAAGGUUCACCUUCCAACAGGACAACGACCCUAAGCACACAGACAAGACAACACAGGAGUGGCUUCGGGACAAGUCUCUGAAUGUCCUUGAGUGGCCCAGCCAGAGCCCGGACUUGAACCCGAUCGAACAUCUCUGGAGAGACCUGAAAAUAGCUAUGCAGCGACGCUCCCCAUCCAACCUGACAGAGCUUGAGAGGAUCUGCGGAGAAGAAUGGGAGAAACUCCCCAAAUACAGGUGUGCCAAGCUUGUAGUGUCAUACCCAAGAAAUCUCGAGGCUGUAAUCGCUGCCGAAGGUGCUUCAACAAAGUACUGAGUAAAGGGUCUGAAUACUUAUAUUUCUGUUUUUUAUACAUAUGAAACAUUUCUGAACCUGUUUUCGCUUUGUCAUUAUGGGGUAUUGAGAGGGGGGAAAAACAAUUUAAUCUAUUUUAGAAUAAGCCUGUAACGUAACAAAAUUUGGAGAAAGUCAAGGGGUCUUAAUACUUUCCGAAUGCACUGUAUAAAGGAACGAUAUAUAGAGGAAUGAUAUAUAGAGGAAUGAUAUAUAGAGGAAUAUAAAUAAGUAAAUGACAGGAAGAGUGCAGGAGGAUUAUCCAGUCAAACAAGUCGCAGGUAGAGACAGUGAGAUAGAAAGUAGGAUAGAAAGGUUGGCGCUUUGGCGACAGAGGGCGAGGGAAACUGAGUGAGAGAGGGAAAAAUGCUUUCUGGCAUUCUCUCACAGCAUCUCAUUGAGCUGAAGCGUCUCAUUAGUUCCAAAGCAAACCAAUUCAUUAGGCAAUGGAAUGAGUUAUAAUCUAGGAGGACACACUACUGACACACACACGCACUUACAGUAACAUAGUCUUGAAUAUUGAAUUAAUCUUAAACAGUACACACACUCACUUCACACUAACGAUUUCUCUGUGUCUGUGUUGCAGGGAUGGGCUGUGCUCAGAAGACUCUUCAGCCAGGUAACUGCCAGGCUCAGCAAAAUGUAGAUGGAGGUGACGUGCAUGCUGUGCAUUUGCAGGAAGGUGGGGGGGGCUGCUUAAGAGCUCAGCUGCAGUGUCUGGCGUUUUUUUGUUGUUAGUCCAGAAUGCAUCUCAAUCUGACACACACACACACACACACACACACACACACACACUCCCCCCUGAGAGAUCAGACCACUGCUGACUCACUACAGCAGAGCACUCUCUCUCUCUCACCAUGCCUCCGCCUCUCUCCUGCCUCUCGCUUCCGUUCUGUCAUCUCCUCUGGAUACUAUUUAUCUUUCAGUGUCCCAUCUCUUCUCCCGUGCUGUCUCUUUUUCUCUCGUAACAUGCCCUACCAGAACUCGUGUCCCCCCCCCCCCCCCCCCCCCCCCCCCAUCGCACUCUCCCGAGGGCACAGUGAAUGACACUACAGGUUAGUAAGAACUGCAGUGGAUUUGUAGAAGUAGCGACCAUGACUGCCUAUUCACUAGUGCCUGCAGGCUUUUUUUGUGUGCGUGAGUGUGUUCAGGUGAGCGGAUUAUGUAACCAUCAGAGGCUGUCUGUCUACAUGUAUGUGUGUAGGUACUGUAUGUGUGUGCGUGUACAUGUGUAGGAUGUACAUGUGUGUCAGGGCCAGAGUGUGUUAGUGCUGCACGGUUAAUCGAAUUCAGAUUGAAAUUGCGAUAUUGACAUGUGCAAUAUCCAUAUCGCAAGAGGCUGCGAUUUUCUCCUUUCUUUGACACUCUGUUAAUACAACAAAAACUAGACUACGGUGCCUCCUCCAAUGAGAUGCGCUAGACUCCGUUCAUUCACUCUCUACAUGCACAGAAAUCCUGACCAAUCACAAGCAGGCUCUCUCACUCUGCAUGGCAUGCACAUGCUGGCCAAUAACAAGCGUCCUUGCUUAAAGCGUGCAGUUAGACGCUGGUGAGGAGAGAAAGGGCAAUGUAUUUAACCCUUUGAAGAAUAACCAUAUCCUACUUUAUGGCGAUUGCAUGGGAAAAAAAUGCGCUGACAGCAGAAAAGCCCCUCAGCCACAACCAGCCACCCACAAACCAGCCAUCAAGUGGAACGGCCUAGGAAAACAAAUCCCGCAGACCAGUGGAGGUUGUGGCUGAGGGGCUUUUCAUAAUAAUGGCUGGAACGGAGUGAAUGGAAUGGCAUUAAACACAUCGAAACCAUGUGUUUUCAUGUAUUUGAUACCAUUCCGCUCCAGCCAUUGCCACGAGGCCGUCCUCCCAAAUUAAGGUGCUACCAACCUCCUGUGCCUCAGACACAGAAAUCAUAGAGGCUUUCACCUACCAGAUAGCCAAAGACAUGGUUCCUAUUUACACUCAGCAAAAACUGCUUCAAGAAGAUGAUAAACAAACUAGACAGGAGAUGCAGUUGUCCAUUUUGCAUACAUUUCUCCCAAGUUGCCAUCCCAACACUGUAUAACAAAAUUAAGGGAGAAGCCGAAAAGUCGCGUUGAAUGACUGGACCAGACUCCAAUGUUUUGGACACAGGCUGCACCUUGCAAUCGGUAGGCUGCGUGUUACAUGAUUGAGCCUACUUAUACAUAAUUACACAAUCAUAAGCUUCCUAUUCCAUCUGCAGCCUGCCUGAAUAAAUUAUUUAAGAACUCAUAAUUGUAAAAUAGGAAAUAGGAACUCAUAAUGUUAUUCAUGAAUUAAUGAUAAGUGCUGCGCUUACAGCACACUAUAUUUUGAUGAUCAUGUUAAAAAUGAAUGUUUGUUAAUAUGUAUGUGUAAUAAUCCUAUCUAUUAUCAUAUGUAGCCUAUAACAAUGUUGGAAAAGAUUUGUUUCUUUUGGUUUUGUAUUCGGUUACAGUAUGUAUGCAUUCAUAUGAUCUCAUUUUAGAAGUGAUGUUCUCUACCCUGACAGUUGUUUUAACCAUGUCUGAUGGAAUUGCCAAGUUUUCACCCAAGUGUUUCAAAAUCGCAAUUCAUAAUCGCAAUUGCAAUAUCUGGUCAAACAAUUGCAAUUAGAUAUUUUAUCCAAAUCGUGCAGCCCUAGAGUGUGUGUUUGUGUGGAAAUGGUUCCAUGAGCAGCAUGCACUCAAAUAUUAAAGGCCUGUGAGAGUCUGUGCUUCCUGCAGGCCACGUUCUGAGCAGUGAAUAAUUCAACACAUAGUAAGACCGAUGAGACCAAACCCACUCACACUCCCUUCCUCUCUCUCUCUCACUCUCUCUCUCGCUAUCCCUUCUUCUCUCACAUUCAAUCGCACAGCCACACUUGCUCUCUCCCUCCCUCCCUUUCUACCUUACUCCUUCUCCCUCUAUCGUUUUCAAACACAACUUUCUCUCUCUCUGAUACUUGCUCUUUCUCACUUACACUACGCAAGGCUGGGUAUUCUCUCCGUCAUGUUUGGUCCUCGUAAGCUCAGAUCUCUGGUCUCUCUCCCUCUCCGUUUUGUCUCUCUCUUCUGUCGUCUAUGCUUUAUUCCUCACACUCCCCGCUCACAAGCACCAGGUGAGAGGAGGUCUUCUCAGGGCCCAUCCCACGCUCCCCGCACACUCUGUGGCGGAUGCGUUGGCUCUGCUCUGUGCUGUUCAGUGAAAGGUCAUCCCUCCUCCACCCCUGAUCCACUCUGCAGACACACACUGCCAAAGAAACCCUGCUCAGCCUCGCGCUGCAGCACCGGCCGGGGUGCAGAGCUGCACCUCUGUUGCUAAGGAGAAAAGGUUCCUCUGAGUUUUCCUCACACCAUGUAUGAUUACACUCCCUCUACCCAUUAUGGCACAUUCACCACCAUUUCUCCAGCCUGUUUCUCGUCUUCUCUCUCUUAAAUUCUUCCCAAAUUUCCCUAGCUACAGUAGCUGGAGGUCUGGAACGAAUUUGUCCUGACAACUUGAACCCUAAGCUUCCACCAAGCAGCGCCUUGCCAUCCCCACUACACACACACACGGUCUUCCCAUCUGCGUGUGUGUUUUCUCCUCAGAGUUCCAGUUAUGUAACGAGCGGCUCUGCAGUGGUCUCCUACUCUCCACUGCACUGCGUGUUAGAGUGAACUGUGCCGUGUUCGUUUAGUGUGAGGGAUGUUUGGGAAUGGACAUUUGAUUGCUCACUCACUUGGCUGCGUGUGCGCCUGUCUUUGACAUGUCUCUGUCUUUACAUAUCCACUUACAUAGUCUUCCUCGUUUUCUCUCUCUCUCUCUCUCCCCUUCUCUGUUCCUCUCUCGCUCUCUCUCUCUCUGUUCUCUUUCUCGCACACAUACAUGCUCUCAUGCAUAUGCACAUUCUGCCUACUCCCCUUGGCGUGUGACGUUUUCUACAUCAUCGCGCGUUUAGCCAAUUGCACGUCGCCAAAUGCAUUACAUCUGUGUUGUGUUGUCUACAACUGUCUAACCACCCUAAUGAUGGUUACAUAAUCCGCUCACCUGAACACACACACACACAAAAUGUCUGUCUAUAAAACUCCCCCUGCUCCGUUGAUACCCCUCUCUCUCUUUUCUUUGCUCCGAUAUCUCUUUUUAGCCUGAUUUCUCUUUUUUUCCCCCUCUCCAUGCCCAACUACCCGCCUCUCGGUUUCUCUUGGUGUUUAAAUCACAGAGAACGAGUCCCUGAAUAAGCGAGUGAUUGUAUCACUGCUGUGGGCGGCGCGUCACGUGUAGCUUAACGGUUCAUCAUCAAUGAAUCAUCCAUUUUAUCCCGUUUAUAUUCACGUUCGCCCAAAGUUCCCCUGUUUCUGCUGAUUUGAGAAUGGGAUGUUUUUACGCACGCGCGCGCACACCGAUCCUCGUGAAAUGAUGAACGAUAGUGCUUCAGCUGCAUGUGGAGGCGGUGACUCGUAAUGAAAUGCGAGAAUCCCCUUCUUCUCCCUUCCCCCCUUCCCCUCUCCCUGGGGGUAGCCCUACAGGGAGCUAGAGGAACUACAUUACACUGGAGCCGUUGUGAGAAGGAGGACAUGUGUGCCUGCAACACAGCAUAUGCCGGAGGACUCCUGACAUAUUAUAGAGCACGUCGGCAUUCGACAGGCAGUGCUUUUUGUACUGUUCUGAAUGGCCGUGGCUAUGAGCACAAAUACAUAGACCUCAAUGGAAAGAACUAGCUAGUAGCAAGGUGUGUGUGUGGUAAUAGAGAGGUAGGGGGGGUCUGAUUUGAUAUGUGAUUCCCAGAGACACGCACACACACGCAUUCUCAAGAAUUGAGAGUCAGCCUUCAAAACUGCACUCAUUUGAUAUAAAUGUCUCGUCUCAUGGGAGGAUAAAAAUAUGUCUGGGGCGGGGGGUUCUAGUUGCAACCCAGAUAAAUACUCUAGGAGUGUAGGGGUAGAAAAUGCUGCUCCAACCACAACCAUGGGUGCGUUCCAAAUGGCACCCUAUUCCCUGAAUAGUGCACUACUUUUGAUCAGAGCCUUAUAGGGUAGUACACUAUAUAGGGAAUAGGGUGCCAUUUGGAACGUAAGCCAUUACUAUAGUCUAUCCCCAAUAGUGCUAUGACCCUUCAGCCUUUAGUAUCGUUUUAAAUACACUAUUGGUGAGUCUUUAUAAUGAGUACGCAAUCGACAAAAUGGCUCUGCAUGUGUACUGAGUAUAAAGCCAUACACUAAUUUGAAGCAUCAACAAGCGGUGCGUCUAAUGAGCGCACGUCACGUGAUUCUGUGACCGCACAUUGGAGGCGAGCGUCAGCAGGUGCACAAUCUAUGGUCUUCACAUACAUGCCAAGCUCCAUCAUGCUUAUGUUAAUGUGUCAUGGUUUUCACAAGUGUGCUUUUGCUUGUGCCAGUGUUGGAGAGAAACUCAUAGUUUUACAUUAGGAUUGUAUACAUUGCAUUGUCUGAUCCACUGAGUCCAUUGAGUGUUAUAUCGUUUAUGUGUGUGAGGUGAGGCUUGACAAGUAAGUGUAGAGUUGGAGGUGUAGUGUGUGUGUUUUAGCGUUAUGUGUGUGCGAGUGCGUUCGCGCAUGUCAUGUGUGUGCCGUGCCAUCUUCGUAAGCAUUUCACUGUACUGUUUACACCUACUGUAUCCUGUGCAUGUGACAAAUAAACUAUUAUUUAAUUCUGUACCAGCUAGCCCUAGAUGUUGUGACCGUCUGGUCAUUAAUGUGUCGGUUGCUUCUUUGUGAUCGCUCCACCACAGCAAGCGGCUGAAGAAGGGCGAUAAGAACGGGAAGGGCCUGAGGCAUUUCUCCAUGAAGGUGUGUGAGAAGGUGCAGAAGAAAGGCACCACAUCCUACAACGAGGUGGCCGACGAACUGGUGGCUGAAUUCGCCCACUCCACCACCGUCAUGGCCGCAGACUUGGUAUGGUCAUUUAGCUUUCAUCCAAAACCACUAACAUACUCAGUAUAUGUGGCCCAUGCAGGAAUCAAACCCACAACCCUGGGUUGUGUUCAUUAGGCACCAAACAGAAGAAAAUGGAAUGAAACUAAACAGGGAGGGACUACCUGGACUUGUGCAAUGAGAAACGGUGCUGGUCUUCAGUUAUAUUUUCCCAUUGUGUGCCCUAAUGAACACAACCCUGGUGUUGCCAGCACCGUGGUCCUCUAACCCAUUGUGCCAGUAGAAUGACAAAGUAUUGUAGGGGGUUGUUGAGAGGAUCUAACCUGGUGGCCAGAUCUCUGACUAUACUUUAGCCAAUGCCUCUUAACAUCCCCUUUCAUGCAUAACUAAAGAACAAACUGAUCUGGCCAACAGGCUAGUGGAUAACACUCAACACGUGGUUCAUUUUAUUCUUCUUGUUUUAUUUGUAAUGUACAUUUUUCUUCUUGUUUGUGAGAAAUGUGUUGUACUCAGGGCACCAUUGGGAAUGAGACCCUGGUCUCAAUUGGGCUACCCUGAAUAAAUAUAAGCUAAUACAUAUAAAAUACGUCCAAUUUGACAUGAGACAGCAAAAACGGUGCUGCAUUAUUUUCUCCAGCUAAAUUUUCUUGUUAGAUAAGUUUGUUUUUCCAUUCAUAAACUGUUCAAGAAAAGCAAUUAACGAAUGACAGAUUUGAGCUCGUAGAGACUAUGGAAUGUUGUUUAUGUUGCAAACGGUUCCCUUGCGUCCCAAAGCAUUGUGUUAGAGAAGUCCAACUGAAAGAUAGGCUGUUUAAAUAGUGGGGAGGAGGUCAACCUCUGAAUACUUCCCGGUAUUAAUAAUGACACAGCCCCUUAAAAAUUGCUUGGCCCCAGACCUAAUCUGCUUACUUCCUGUGGAAUGUUAAAAAGUAUAAUUAAUUAAAAACAGAUUAACCAUGAGGGCUAGCAGUUAGUGCGCCGCAGGAGGGGUAGUGGGUCUUCCUGGCCAGGGACAAACACCGUGGGACAGUUACUAAUUAGAUGCCCCUUGAACCCCCAAGACAAGCUUAGAAUCAUAACCUCUUUUCUUCUCUGUUAUUAUAUGUUUCCUCUUAUAGUUAAUCUAUUUUCUUUACUCGCUUCUCUUUUCUCUUUUCUCUUUCCUCACUCUUCUCUCUCUAUCCCCCUGCCUCCCCAGCAGGUGUAUGACCAGAAGAACAUCCGCAGGCGCGUGUACGACGCUCUCAACGUGCUGAUGGCCAUGAACAUCAUCUCCAAGGAGAAGAAGGAGAUCCGCUGGAUCGGCCUGCCCACCAACUCAGCCCAGGAGUGUCAAAACCUGGAGGUGAUCACACACACACAUACACACACACUUUAAACCAGCAGAGCUCUCUCUGGGAGCUGAAAGUGAGCCUUGAUAGCCACUCCAUGACAUCUGUCACUGUCACCUCUCAGGAAAAUAGGGACAGGCGGACAGAGAGAAAUAAAUGGCGUGAGGGGAGCACAGACAACGGAAAGGGGAAGGAAAAUGAGACCCUUUCAGUUCUCUUCUAGAGUGCAUUCAGAAAGUAUUCAAACGCCUUGAAUCUUUCAACAUUUUGUUACGUUACAGCCUUAUUCUAAAAUGGAUUAAAUAAAUGUUUUUCCUCAUCAAUCUACACACAAUACCCUAUAAUGACAAAGUGAAAACAGGUUUUUUGAAAUGUUUGCAAUUGUUGUAUUAAAGAUUUACAGAAAUACCUUAUUUACCUUAUUUAUUUAUUCAGACCCUUUGCUAUGAGACUCGAAAUUGAGCUCAGGUGCAUCCUGUUUCCUUUGAUCAUCCUUGAGAUGUUUCUACAACUUGAUUGGAGUCCACCUGUGGUAAAUUCAAUUGAUUGGACAUGAUUUGGAAAGGCACACACCUGUCUAAAUAAGGUCCCCCAGUUGACAAUGCAUGUCAGAGCAAAAACCAAGCCAUGAGGCCAAUGGAAUUGUCUGUAGAGCUCCAAGACAGGAUUGUGUCGAGGCACAGAUCUGGGGAAAGGUACCAAAAAUAUUCUGCAGCAUUGAAGGUCCCCAAGAACACAGUGGCCUCCAUCAAUAUUAAAUGGAAUAAGUUUGUAACCACCAAGACUCUUCCAAGAGCUGGCCACACAUGACAGCCUGAUUGGAGUUUGCCAAAAGGCACCUAAAGGACUCUCAGAUAAUGAGAAACAAGAUUCUCUGGUCUGAUGAAACCAAGAUUGAACUCUUUGGCCUGAAUGCCAAGCAUCACGUCUGGAGGAAACCUGGAACCAUCCCUACGGUGAAGCAUGGUGGUGGCAGCAUCAUGCUGUGGGGAUGUUUUUCAGCGGCAGGGACUCUGAGACUAGUCAGGAUCGAGGGAAAGAUUAACAGAGCAAAGUACAGAGAGAUCCUUGAUUAAAACCUGCUCAGGUUCUCAGACUGGGGCAAAGGUUCACCUUCCAACAGGACAACGACCCUAAGCACACAGCCAAGACAACGCAGGAGUGGCUUCGGGACAAGUCUCUGAAUGUCCUUGAGUGGCCCAGCCAGAGCCCGGACUUGAACCCGAUCGAACAUCUCUGGAGAGACCUGAAAAUAGCUGUGCAGCGAUGCUCCCCAUCCAACCUGACAGAGCUUGAGAGGAUCUGCCGAGAAGAAUGGGAGAAACUUCCCAAAUACAGGUGUGCCAAGCUUGUAAUGUCAUACCCAAGAAGACUCGAGGCUGUAAUCGCUGCCAAAGGUGCUUCAACAAAGUACUGAUUAAAAGCUCUGAAUACUUAUAAUUUUUUACUAAUACAUUUGCAAACAUUUCUAAAAACUUGGUUUUGCUUUGUCAUUAUGGGGUAUUGUGUGUAGAAAUGGGGAAAAGGUCAAGGGGUCUGAAUACUUUCCGAAAGCACUGUAUAUCAUGUCAACUUUCUGCAGAGCAUAGAUCUGUCACGAUAAACACAGUGACCCAUUCUGGUAGAGGACUGGGCAUGAUGGUGACAGGGAGAAGGGGGGGGGGGGGGAGUGGGGAGACAGAGAGUGGAGUACUCCUACCGCUGGGCUGUUUUGACAGCAGAGCACUUCAGCAUGCCAUCACUACUGUCUGACAAUACAAAUAGUAAUUGUCUUGCUUUACUCUGGUCAGUUACUUAAAUAACGAUAGUAACUGUCUGGGUGGUGGAUAUGGGUAGGGCUCUUGAAGCACGGGGUGAAGGUGGAGUGGGGGUUGGAUGGAAGAGGGGCACAAGACAUCCCCGCUGACCAUCUACAUCUAGUCAUUAACUUCCAAACCCUGUCAUGACCAUGGCCGCCAUUUGGAGGCUUCAAGAAACACCACAUGCUGAUCUAGCUACUGUUGUAGCCUAUGUUUCUUUUUAAAUUGCUUGUUUGUUUUGCUUUAGGAUUAUUUAUGUAAUGUUUUAUUUGUAUUACUAUUAGUAUGAAAAAUGUAUGCACUCACUUAACUGUAAGUCGCUCUGGAUAAGAGCGUCUGCUAAAUGACUAAAAUGUAAAUUAGACAGUUAUGUUCUACCAGUCCUUUCUAAAAUAAUUAAACUGUUUCCCCAAUCAGGUGGAGAAACAGAAACGCCUGAAGAGGAUCAGACAGAAGAGAACUCAGCUGGAAGAACUCAUACUGCAGGUACGGAGCAGUCCCUGGUAUGUGUGUGUCUGUGUGCGCGCGUGUGUUUGAAUGCAUUCGUGGGUGUGUACAUGCUUAUCUCUUUGUGUGUGUGUGUGUGUAUGCGCGUGUGAGAGGGAGAGAGAUGAAAGUCAGAUACCUUGGUCGUGAGUGAUGAGCUAGGCAGCUGUUCAUCUAUAAGUCUAUUGAAAAACACCAGCCUAUCGUUAG